CAAAUGUAUCACCAUAUGUUGGUGUAUCAUAUAAAUAAAGCACAUUAGUAUUUCUGGUCAAAAAUUGAUAAAAUGUGCAAAAGAUCAACUGGGUAGUUAGAUUUUUACAAAAUACAUUUAAGUGUCAAGGUUGGAUGCUCUAAGAGGCGUGUUUAUUAAUUCUAUCUGCGAGCAUAAUCUGAGAUCAAUUGCAAACCUAGUCUAGUUACAAUCUAUAGUGCAAAAAAUGUUCUGGCUCUGAUAUGUUCUGGCAUUGUUUAUGUGUUGACAGGGUUGUGAUAGUGAGUGGAUGUGGGUUGUCGUUGUGCCUAUGUGUAAGAGCAAAUCGCUGCUCAUCUAAUCUCUCAAAGUGAUGGAGCGGGAGGAGGGUUUUUGCUGCAGCUGAAUGAAUGAGAAAAAAAGUCUGAGCUUGUCCACCUAGUGCUUUCUUCACAGACGGCUGCAUGAUAAUCCCAAUCUGAGGCCAUUAGUGCGCAUAGAGAGCGAGCGAGGCAAGGGUUCACCACAGAGAGGGAGGGAGGAGUGACUGCACUGGACUGAGAUGCGCACGACUGAAAAAAGAACGGCAGAAAGGGAGAGCUUUUAAGGGAUUUGGCUAUGAUUUGUAGACUCACAUGCUGUAAUGUUGCACUUUCUCUCUGCUUAUGCCAGGAUACUAUACCCUAAAGUCAUAAGAGACUUCUUUAUUUAGUCUUUUAAAAUUAAAUCAGGUUCUUUUUUAAAACAUGAUUUUAGUUGUUUCCUAAUUGUUCAAAGCAGAGAUUACUGAGCCUUAGGUCUAGGUUUAGUUCAUUAUAUCUGGACCAUGCUUGGAGGCCUGCCUGCAGAAAUUCAAGUGAUGGAUAAAACACAGACUGGUCCAUGAACAAUGGGAAGGUGCCAAAGGUAGAAGAAGUGGCCUGGUGCUGUCAGUACCUCUGCUGGUCAUCAUCAUGGUAUCAGAGGCCUCUUCAUACCACCUGUUCUGCUGUCUCAGUUUGUUGUUUAAAUACCAUCGAAGGCUUUAUGUUCUUUGGGUCCUGCUGGUGGGCUUCAGCCCUGUUUCACUAGCACAGCAGGAUACCCAGCCUCAAUCUAUCAAAAUCGAGGGAGACAUCACCCUGGGCGGGCUCUUCCCUGUACACUCCAGAGGGCCUGCUGGUGUCCCCUGUGGUGAGAUCAAGAGAGAAAAGGGAAUCCAUCGACUGGAGGCCAUGCUGUAUGCACUGGACCAGAUCAACAGUGACCCAGACCUGCUGCCCAACAUCACUCUUGGAGCCCGGAUCUUGGACACAUGUUCCAGAGACACCUACGCCCUAGAGCAGUCGCUCACCUUCGUCCAGGCCCUCAUCCAGAAAGACAACUCAGAUGUGCGCUGCUCAAAUGGAGAACCCCCCAUCAUCCCCAAACCAGAGAGGGUGGUCGGUGUGAUCGGAGCAUCAGGCAGCUCAGUGUCUAUCAUGGUGGCCAACGUGCUCAGACUGUUUGCGAUCCCUCAGAUCAGCUAUGCCUCCACUGCUCCGGAGCUGAGCGACAACAGCCGCUAUGAGUUCUUCUCCCGUGUGGUCCCCCCAGACUCCUACCAGGCCCAGGCCAUGCUGGACAUCGUCAAGGCCAUGGGAUGGAACUACGUCUCCACGCUGGCCUCUGAAGGGAACUACGGAGAGAGCGGCGUGGACGCCUUCCUUCAGAUAUCCAGAGAAGCAGGGGGCAUAUGCAUUGCUCAGUCUAUAAAGAUCCCAAGAGAGCCCAGGCGAGGCGAGUUUGACAAAAUCAUAAAGAGAUUAAUGGAGACUUCUAACGCUCGUGGAGUUAUCAUCUUUGCUAAUGAGGAUGAUAUCAAACGCGUGUUACAAGCUGCAAAAAAGGCAAACCUGACAGGCCAAUUCCUUUUUGUUGGAUCUGACAGUUGGGGGGCCAAAAGCUCCCCUAUCGAAGAUCAGGAGGAGGUGGCAGAGGGAGCGGUCACUAUCCUGCCGAAAAGAGGCUCUAUUGACGGAUUCGACCAGUACUUCACUUCAAGGUCUCUGGAAAACAACAGAAGAAACAUCUGGUUUGCAGAAUUCUGGGAGGAUGACUUCAAGUGCAAACUGACUCGACCUGGCAUAAAAUAUGACCCUGACAGAAGAAAAUGUACCGGAGAAGAACGAAUCAGUCAGGACUCUCAGUAUGAACAGGAGGGCAAGGUGCAGUUUGUCAUUGACGCAGUGUACGCCAUGGCCCACGCGUUGCACAGCAUGCACAUGGACCUCUGUCCUGGCUCCAUGGGUGUCUGUGAAAAGAUGGACCCGGUAGAAGGACGGAUGCUCCUCCAGUACAUUCGCUCAGUAAACUUUAAUGGCAGUGCUGGAACUGCAGUGAUGUUCAAUGAGAAUGGAGACGCUCCUGGUCGGUACGAUAUCUUCCAGUACCAAAUGUCCAAUGUCAGCAACCCAGGCUACAGGGUUAUCGGCCAGUGGACUAACCACCUGCGACUUAAUCUGGAGGAGAUGCAGUGGUCAGGAGGUGAGCGUAAAAUCCCAGAGUCUGUAUGCAGCUUUCCCUGUGAAUCUGGUGAGAGGAAGAAGAUGGUAAAAGGUGUCCCAUGCUGCUGGCACUGCGAGCUCUGUGACGGCUACCAGUUUCUGCUUGAUGAGUUCACCUGUGACAUGUGCCCCUUUGACAUGAGGCCCCUAAAGAACCGGACAGGAUGUCGGCCCACACCCAUUAUCAAGCUGGAGUGGAGCUCUCCGUGGGCCAUCAUUCCCGUUUUCUUGGCCAUACUGGGAAUACUAGCCACUACUGGGGUCAUCGCUACCUUCAUCAGAUACAACGACACACCCAUUGUUCGGGCAUCUGGCAGAGAGCUCAGCUAUGUAUUGCUGACGGGCAUCUUUCUCAUCUACCUCAUCACGUUCCUCAUGAUUGCAGAGCCCAGUGUGGGUGUGUGCGCCAUACGCAGGCUGUUGCUGGGUCUUGGGAUGUGCAUCAGCUAUUCCGCCAUGCUCACCAAGACCAACAGGAUCUACCGCAUAUUUGAACAGGGCAAGAGAUCGGUCACACCUCCUAAAUUUAUCAGCCCCACCUCUCAGCUGAUUAUCACCUUUAUUCUAAUUUCAGUGCAGUUACUGGGGGUGUUCAUUUGGUUUGGUGUGGUACCACCCCACGUUACCAUUGACUAUGAGGAGCUAAAGCCUCCAAAUCCAGAGUUUGCACGUGGGAUCCUAAAGUGUGAUAUGUCCGAUCUAUCCCUCAUACUGUGUCUCAGCUACAGUAUUGUACUAAUGAUUACCUGCACAGUAUAUGCUAUAAAGAGCAGAGGAGUCCCUGAGACCUUCAAUGAGGCAAAACCCAUUGGUUUCACCAUGUACACCACAUGCAUCAUCUGGCUGGCCUUUGUUCCUAUCUUCUUUGGAACAGCACAGUCUACAGAGAAGAUGUUCAUCCAAACCACCACUCUGACUGUCUCCAUGAGCCUGAGCGCCACCGUAUCCCUGGGUAUGCUCUACAUCCCCAAGGUCUACGUCAUCAUCUUCCAUCCAGAGCAGAAUGUCCAGAAGAGAAAACGCAGCUUCAAAGCUGUGGUGCAGGCAGCCACCGUGUCCACUCGCCUGUCCCAGAAGAUCAGCGACAAGCAGAACGGAGAGUCCAAGAUGGAGCCGGACAGGUGUCAGUGACAGGAGGCGGAAGUUCUUGUGGAAAAAUUGGCAUUUACUGUUUUUGACAGAAGCAUUUGUUUCUACCUUUCAAUUAUGGAUGAAUACCAGCCACUGUGGAGGUGCAAUAUGUUCCUUUUGACAGUUGUUUAUAGACACUUUACUCAACAUGAAAUGAUGCAUGAAAGCAAAGAAAUUUAUUAAACACACCUUCACAAAAAUUUUUAUAAUUCGGUGCCAGCUUAAAUCAAAUGUAAAAACUUUUAUGUCCUUUUUACCAUCCAGUUCCAGUCUAAGUUUACGCAAACUCUUCAUUGGUCAUGGAUAAUCUGGGGUUUUUAUUCUUGAGUACUUUUUCCUGGGGUUUAACGAUUAUGCAAUAAAUUUAGCACACACCUACUGUAUGCAAAAAUUUGGGGCAUAGAUAAUGGUUUUUAUUUAAUACAUAUGGGGAAUAUGUACCUACACAUCCACUAAUGAUCAAUACUAGACUGCAGAGAAACUACAAAUGUUUAUAAUUAAAAAAACAAACAAACAACUUCCUGGCCUUAUUCUACCUUGGUAUUUUACCACUCUUUUCAGAAAUGUACCUUGCACUCAUUCCUCAAGCUUAUUGUUGGCCUGCUUCAUCUAUUUUAAAACCAAUUUUAAUCCGUUUUGGGAUCAGGAUUCUUUCAGAAGGUUGAAAUUAGCUUAGUAUUUCUCCUUUUGUCUCUAAUAGCAGUUUUAAAAUUAACUUUACAAAAUGUACUUGAAGGAAUGGAUUUGGGAGAAGGGUCCUUUUUAUAGUCAUAACCCUCUCAGUUAAUAUUUGUUUUUGCAACUUUAAAUGAGCUUUCCCAAUUCUGUCAAACAGAGUGGUUGAUUACCAAGCCACAAUUAUGCCAGAAGUUUGCUGAUGGAUACAAAAAGUCUGGGUUCUAUUGCAGUUUUUCAUGAAUGAACCUAAACCAUUUUGACCACGUUUUAAAAACAAAAGAACAUUUCAUUUUCAAAAAUCAUUGCAGUUUAAUUUAGAGAAUGACUCUAAAAGCCCUUACGAGUAAUCAGUGUUAUGGGGAGUUUUGAUCAACUUCCCAGUGACUGUACCUCUUUCUCCUACAGGAAGACAUGUUAGUGAAAGCCUUUGGGGCUGAAAAGCACAAAAGCCAUAUGGCUCCAUAGACACUGCAUGGAUUAUAUGUUCUGUGUACAUGAAUGACUUUAUUAGGGACAACUUUCUCCUCUCAUUGCACUGGAGAGGGGGAGACCUAAAGAAUAUAUUAUGUUUGUAUUGCUAGUCGGACAAUAAAACCUACCCAUAGCCA